AUGUUGAGAGCCAGUACCAUUCAACUUUCUGACUCUGAGAAGUCGGGAGUUUCAGGUUAUCUCCCCCUUCAUCGCCGACACACUGCUGCAAUUGAUUCGACCUUGCCGUGGCCAGAAGCUACCGUUAGCAAUGACAACUUUACCAACAUCGCCGUGGUAAUUAUUGGCGGGGGCAUAUCUGGAAUGUGUAUUGCCAUUGACCUUUUGGUGAAGCGGCAAAUCAGAAACUUCAUCAUAGUGGAAAAGAGUGGAGGCUUUGGUGGCACCUGGCGCGACAACAAAUUUCCCGGCUGUUGCUGUGAUGUCUUUAGUGUUCUCUACUCUUACUCAUUCGCACAAAACCCCCAAUGGUCACGACGGUAUCCUGGUCAAGAAGAGAUCUUGGACUACCUCACUGAUGUAGCUCAAAAGUAUGGUCUAUACAAAUAUGCUCGAUUCCAUACCGCCGUCGACGCUGCAAACUGGAACGACACUACGUGCAAAUGGGAAGUCACAGUGUCGGUAGGAGGCGGUAAGGAGUCCGAGUUUUCCUCAUCAUACAAGAUCACGAGUGACUUCUUGGUCGGAGCUACGGGACAGCUCAACAAGCCCAAAGGAAUCAAUGUGCCAGGGUACAACGAGUUUGAAGGCAAGAUGAUGCAUUCGGCUCGAUGGGAUUGGAGUUACGACAUGAGAGGCAAGCGCAUUGCCAUCAUUGGAACAGGUGCAACUACAGCUCAAAUCGCCCCCGAGGUCGCCAAAGUGGCGGCCCAAGUGACCAUAUGCCAAAGGACCCCAGCAUGGGUCAUUCCCCGGCACGACUCAAAGAUCUCAUCCUCGACCCGUCUAUUGUACACCUAUUUCCCACCAGCUCGCUGGAGAGGACGAGCCGAGGCCAUGGACCUACGUGAAACCUUCCACGCGGCCGUGACCGACGCAGACUCGUCCAAUGCCGAUCACAUGCGUCACCUGAACUACAAUUUGAUACGAGAGCAAUUGGCCGAUCGUCCUGACCUGUGGGACAAGGUGACCCCCAAAUACCAUCCGGGGUGCAAGCGCACCGUCAUCAGCGACGACUAUUACCUUACGUUGACGCGACCGAACGUACAUCUCGAGACUGGCCCGAUCGAAUGUUUCACUUCAUCGGGGAUCAAAUUUGUCAAUCACGACACAGCCAACGAGUUCGAUCUCAUCGUCCUCGCCACGGGGUUCGACACAUUCGGCUUUCUGUCCCCAAUCAAAAUCACAGGCCGCAACAAUCGACCACUGGAAGACGUGUGGUCCAAAGCCUCGCACGCAUACAAGGGUGUCACGGUCCCCGACCUCCCCAACUUUGGUCUGCUCUACGGACCCAAUACGAAUCUCUCGCACAACUCCCUCAUUCUUGUCAUUGAAGCUCAAACACGCUACCUUUCUGUGCUCAUAGACAAAGUUCUUCAAGCACGACGCCGAGGCGAGACUUUGGCCCUCUGCCCCUCGGAAGAGAGGACAGUGUCGUAUUGUCACGAACUCCAGCUCGCAUUACAGCAGACCUCGUUUGCCGAUCCCGCAUGCACGUCGUGGUGGCGACGCGAAGACGGGAUUAUCACGAACAACUGGUCUGGCACGGCCGUCGAUUAUCAAAAGAACUUGUCAUCCAUCGACUGGGCAGAUUACGACGCCUAUGGGUCGGCAGGGUACAACAUUGAAGUCCUCAAGAGUACCAACAAGGUCACCAAGAUAGGCCGUGUGGUUGAAGAGACCAGGCUGAGCAGGACGGCACUGGGGGUUGUCCUGCUUGGUGCCGUGGGCUUGAUGGUUCAGGGUGUCUUGUUGAAUAUGUGGUCUUGAAAGACAACGCCAGUAACAGCAACGACCUUUUCUUCCCUCCCUCCCAACUACGGCGCU